GUAUUCUAUAGCAUGGCAACAAUAGGAACUGAAAGUCAAAACAAAGAUGUCUGGAAUCAUGUGGAAGAAGAAUGCAAAACAUACUACGAGUUUAAAAAAGAAGAAAUUAGAUUGAGAAAGGCAGCAAAAAUUCAGGAUCUCGAAACUAAAGCAAACGAGUUGCUAAAGAAGUACGAGGAAAAAAUGGACAAGUUGUCUAUGGACAUGUCGUCCGGAAAACUUUUGGAGAAUCACAAUAAAUAUUACUGGCAGGCUCUCCAUGAAUAUGAACUUAUCAAUCUCAGAAACCUUACACUGAAGAUUGGACAUUCUAUGAGAAAGCAGUUAAUGACAAAAAUGAAUUCAUAUUUAGAACAAUUAAAGCGACAACGAGAGACAUUGGAAAACUUGAAACAAAUUAAGAAGGAAAAAAAGGAAUUUGAAAAACUAGUAAUCCAAAAAGCUGCUCGUGAUUGCUUGGGUAUUUUCCAGCAAAAGAUGGCACAGAUCUCUAAAGAAUUUAAGUCAAAAAUAGAAGAAGUCUGCCAAAAAGAAAGGCAAAGUACUUUGCGAAAGUAUGACAAAAAUUGUGAAAGCUUCACAGACAAGGAUGAGGUCAUAAAAUGUCGAAAAAACCUUGAAGAUAAGUUAGAAGAACAUUUUCAAAGAGCUGUUAGAAACAACAAACGCAACAUGGAAAAACUGAAGUCCGAAUGUGUUGAACAUACCCAAACAGCUGCACGUGAAUAUGAUGAAAAGAUGAAAAAUCUGAUGAGACAGAAGCAGUCACUCGAGGAAAAGUCUUUAGCUACAAAACAUGCAGAAUUCAAAAAAUUUGCAAUUUCUAAGUUCUGUGAUUUGCUUCACAGCAUGACAUGUUCACCCCCAGUAUCAGUUGAAGACGAAUUCAAGAUGAAGUUGAAUUCGGCAAUGAAUGAAAAAUAUCAAGUUUAUGAAAAGACAAACGAAAGAGAAAGAAUGAAACAAAAAAUGAAUAAGGAUUCAGGAGAAUGUGCACGGCAUGCAAAGACUGCUCUUGAUGUUUAUACUCAAGACAUGGAUCAGCUACUGGAAAAAGGGGAAAAUUAUUCAGAACAAGGACUGCUCUCGAAGCAUGAAACCUGUGAAUCCAAAGCACUUCAUGAGUUCGAGAAUUUAACUGCAAAAGUGACCUGCUCACAAGGAAACUUCAGAGAAGACUUGAUGAAAGAAAUAAAAGAAAAAUUCUUUCAGUAUAAACAAAUGAAUAGGAAAAAUUAUGAUAAGAAGAAACAAAAGCACAUCAAGACUUUGACAGAUAAAUAUGAAGCUUCUAAGCACAUCAAGACUUUGACAGAUAAAUAUGAAGCUUCUAUGAAGGAGUGGGCUGAACGCCGCUUUCCUAUAGAUGAAGUCCUUAAAACGAAUCACAAACUAAAGUUGAUAGAUGUACGUAAGGAGUUCUCAACAUUGAUGGAAUCAAAAGAAACUGCAGAAGAUAAGAAAGAAUUGGAGAAAGAAAUGGAUGAGGUUUAUUUGAAAAUCCAAGUUGAGAAUAAAAAAGCCAGAGAUGAAAGAGAGUUCUUAAAAAGACAAAAGAAACAAAAGCACAUCAAGACUUUGACAGAUAAAUAUGAAGCUUCUAUGAAGGAGUGGGCUGAACGCCACUUUCCUAUAGAUGAAGUCCUUGAAAUGACUCACAAACUAAAGUUGAUAGAUGUACGUAAGGAGUUCUCAACAUUGAUGGAAUCAAAAGAAACUGCAGAAGAUAAGAAAGAAUUGGAGAAAGAAAUGGAUGUGGUUUAUUUGAAAAUCCAAGUUGAGAAUAAAAAAGCCAGAGAUGAAAGAGAGUUCUUAAAAAGACAAAAGGAAUUAAAUAUAAGAAGCCUGCAAGUCAUAUCUGAAUCUAAAAGCAAUGACUUUAUUCGCAUUAUGAAUCAGUAUGAGAAGACAUAUGAGAAACACUUUGAAAACAUCGCCAGAAAAAACAAGAAAAAAGUUUUGAAGGAAUUUGAUGAAGAAACGAAAGAUCUAAGAGAUUCUAUAGAAGAGAAAAUAUUGGAGGCAAAGAAUGAAUUGGAAAGAAAAAUAGAUGAAUUAUCGGAAAGAGGAAUUCAAAGAAACGACAAAAACCUUAAAUGGAAUGAAACUCAAGUGGACAAUGCAGUCAAACAGUAUGUUUUGAAGUACCAGGAAAUUCUAAACGAGCUGAUGCAGAAAUCUUACUUGAAAUCCAGUGGUUUUGAAGUGGUUGAGAGACGGUUCUUGGACCAUGUUGACGCCCAAGUUGAAGAGGAUGAAGCAAUUAAAGAAAGAAUCAGAAAUGAAAUAAAAAACAAAACCGAACAGGCUAAGAUACAGAAUAAGAAGAAUAAAAUCUACAGGUCUGUUACAGAAACUAAAGAUACAAUUUUAAAAUAUUUGGGGGUAGAAGUGCUAAUCAUCACUUUUCCCGUCUGGGUUCCUCUGGCUGUGCUUGGAUUAGUGGUGGUUGGAACUGGAGUUGCGGUAGUCAAGGUUAAAGAUGGCAUUAAGGAAAAAAUAAAAUCCAGAAAGUAGUUUCAAAGAAAGGGGAAUUAUCAUGAUAUGUAUCAUAUUUUAAAUUUCCCAUUAAUUUAUCAAUACUGAAGUAAUCAUCGAAUAUUGAAACUUUUCUAUAAUGCUUAGCUCAGUAAUUGUUUUUAAGUGUGAGGGGUGGGGAAGAAACUGCAGCAUCUGAGAUAAUUUCACGCAGUUUGCGAUAUUUUGUCCAAAAAAAAUAAUAGAGUGGUUAUCCAUGGAUAACGUUCUGCUUAUCUGGCCUUAUGAUAACUACAUUUAACAUUACUCACUUUUCAUUGUGCAUAGUAGCGUCUUAAGGCAUCAAAAAACAUCCUUAAUUAAAAAAAAUUCUGGUAUAGACAGAUUUGAAAGUGAGCUCUGACUCUGCAUGCAAAUUUUUACCUACCGUAAAUCUUUACAUAAAUUUGAAGGAUUCACUUUAAGAUAUACUGAGGAUACUCUAAUCGCUGAGCAACUCACUAGAAAUACAAUAAUUGAAAUUUUGUGCACAUUUAAUGCAAUGAAAACCACUCCUCUUGUAAGUGAAAAACUCUUAUGUAUUUUAAUAUGCUGAUUGACAUAUAUUAAAUGUUGUUAUUGAUAUGUGAUUUACGGUAUAUACUAAUGUAACCAAGUCUGAAUUACUCUAAAAGCAAUUCUAUCAAAAGAUUGGAGUAAAUUUUUGGGAAGUUUUGUUAUGAAGAAAGCAUGCAUAUUUAUCACUAAUACAUGUUGACUUCUUAUUAUUUGGAAUUCAUAUUUAUGUUCCCUCAUAAUCAGUGGUGGGAUUCAGCCUGUUCCCACCGGUUCUAUAGAACAGUCUCACAGAAUUUUAUGAGAUCAGCGAACCGGUUAGCGUUACUAGUUACUGUCAAUAGAUUUUUGCAUAUUAUCUGACACACCGAUUUUUGAAAUCACAUGUUUUUUUUUUCAAAAUUAGCAGGUAACAGUUAUACAUUGUGUUGGGAUAAUAAGUAUAAUUGUAGAAAUUUUCCUUUUGUGAUUGGUUGCCUGGAAAUUGAAUUGUUGCAUCAUAACUUCAAGUCAUGAGAUGACAACUGCUUUUUAGUGUGGCUGUUAGCAGUGAUGGGAUUGACCCGGGUCGCACCAUUCGCUGGAACUAUGGAUUGCAUCCUGUUCUUGCAACUACUUUAAUAUAUACAGCAAUAAACACAAUUCUUAAGUUCAUCAAAAAUUUCGAUGCUAAUUUUGAUGUAAUGAUGCUUUCUCAACCAUUAUUUUGGAAUGUUAAUUAGAAAGUAAUUAAAAAAUAAUCAGUUUAUUUGCUAAAAAACAUGACUUUUUGUGACAAAACCGGCUGAAAAAUAUGACUUUUAUGAUGAAACCGGCUGACAAAAAAUUUGAAUCCCACCAUGGUUCUAAUUUGUGCCUUCACAAGGUGAUCAUUUUUCAGAUGUAUUUAUUAUUAUGCUUAUUAAUUAAUAGAUGAUAUAAGGUUAUAUUAUAAUUUAUUGCAUGAUUUCUUCCAUGUUCUGUGCUGCUGAUUAGAGCCAAUUUACACUUUGUUUUAAUUGCUAGAAAUGGUUAUUCCGCAGAAAAUAGAUAAUUAAGGAUGUUAUCAGUGGAGGUUUUUGGUCAUUACACCCUAAAAAUUGACUGCAUUAGUAAAAUUACCCCAAUCUUGACCCUUAUAUUCUUCAUACCCCUUCUAAGAAAAUGCUUCCUAUAUGUUUACUGACUAUUUGUGAAAUAUUGUAAUAUUUGAAAAAUAUUCACAUAUCAUUUAUUAAAAUAUUUGGCACUCCCGAAGUAUGUGAACCAAGAUGGCGGACACCGGAACGUAGUAUGUG